AUGCCUUUACUACACUACCUAACCGAAGCGACUCCCCCGGAAAAUAUAAAGGAAGAUUUUUUCCAAUUACAAAAAACAUUCGAGUAUAACAAAAUAAUUGUGAAAGAUAGAGUGGAAGAUUUACUACGCUAUCUAGCUCCGACGUGCAAAGAGCAAUUGGAAAGGUGCGUGUGGAAAGGAGAACGGGUUGCGUGCGAAAAUUUAUUUCAGCAAGUGAAAACACCGAACGGUUUUUGUUGCGCUUUCAAUUAUUUAGCUUAUAAGUCCGUAGAAAGCGGAAAUGUGAAGAAACCGAUUGCGCCGAGAAGGGUGUCGGCUACCGGGUACUUUUCAGCUUUAGAAUUAGUCGUUAAUAGCGUGCCAGAGGAUUAUCUAGCAAGCGAACUUUCGUCGUACGGCCAUAUGGUAAUUGUGCACUAUCCGUACGAUUUCCUUGAAGGCGCAUCUCAGAUGUUACUGCAGUAUGUUAAUGCACUGACUUUAAUAAGCGUGAAGCCAAUUCUAUACCGUACCGAUGAUAAUGUCAGCAAUUUAAGCAUGGGGAAAAGAAACUGUUCCUUCAUUGGAGAAAAGCAGUUGAAGUACUUUGUGUACACGUACAAUAAUUGCGUAAUUGAGUGUAAAGCUAACAUUAUAUUGGAACGUUGUGGAUGUGUUCCUUUCUUCUACGUGCAUUUAAAUGGUGAAGGUGGGUAUGUGAUAACUGAUAAGUUUGCCAAAAUCUACCUUUGGUGUUUUAUUCUAACUAAAAACGAACACGGAGGUAUCAAGCUGAACAAUCAGAGCGUUCUCCGUAUAUACUUCGAUGAUGUUAUGUCCAUUAGACAUACCACUUCCAUGAAAUAUUAUUGGCAUACCAUUUUAGGUGUAAUUGGCGGAGUGUUGGGCUUAUGGAUUGGAUUCAGUGCGAUUUCUGUAAUCGAAAUGGUGUAUUUCUUAAUUAUUCGUCCGAUCACGCAAUUACUGAUGCAAAGAAGAAUUUCAAAACUUUACCUUGAAUAUGGAUGCAAAUAA